AUGGCCUUGAAGCGCAUUAACAAGGAGCUCGCGGACCUCGGCCGUGAUCCGCCCUCGUCCUGCUCGGCUGGUCCGGUUGGCGAAGAUCUGUUCCACUGGCAAGCAACAAUUAUGGGCCCUGGUGACUCUCCUUACUCCGGCGGUGUCUUCUUCCUCGCCAUCCACUUCCCCACAGACUACCCUUUCAAGCCUCCCAAGGUCAACUUCACAACUCGCAUCUACCACCCGAACAUCAACUCUAACGGCAGCAUCUGCUUGGACAUUCUGCGUGACCAGUGGAGCCCGGCCUUGACCAUCUCAAAAGUUCUGCUGUCCAUCUGCUCUAUGCUGACGGACCCGAACCCGGAUGACCCGCUUGUGCCUGAGAUUGCUCACGUGUACAAGACUGACCGGGCGAAGUACGAGGCGACCGCGCGCGAGUGGACCCGUAAAUACGCCAUCUAG